CCCAGUUACCUGCUGGACCGGCUCCUGCAGUACGAGAACGUGGAUGACGACUCCUCAGACUCGGAGGCGACCGCAUCAUCUGACAACAGCGACGGGGAGGGGGCCAAGGGGGCGGAGCCUCCCCCGGCUAAGAGGAAGCGAGCCACGCCCCCGCCCUCCCCUCCCCCUCCCUCCUUCACCCCGGCUCCCGCUCCAUAUAUGCUCUCGUCCCCCCCCUACAACCCCUUCCCCCCCCAGUACCUGGCCCCGGAUGGCCCCGCCCCCCGCCCCGCCCCCCCCCGCCGGAACAAGGGAGGGGCCCGGAGGCUGCAGCUGCCUCCGGCCCCUCCCCCGUUGGGGCCCCUCCCCCCUCCGGCUCUGGCCCCGCCCCCUGCCCCUCCCCCCGUGCCCAGCACGGUCCCGCGGCGCCUCCUGAGCGAGGAGGGGGAGGGGGAGGGGGAGGGGAGCGGCGACGACGACGACGAUGACGACGGCCUCGAUGGCGACGACGAGCUCGUCAUCGACAUCCCCGAGUGACGUCAUCGGGACACGUGACGCCGC